UCAGGUUCUGUCCAGUUUUGGAAACGGCCCCUUUCGUUUUUCUGCAUUUCCUCUUUCAGAGAUGGAGGACAGCCCUGAUCCAGAACAGGGCAAGCACCACUAUUACCAACCACUUCCUGCUUCGGAUUCUUACGCUGCAAACACUAAUCUGAAGUAUCAGAGAAAAGGAGAAGGAUCAUCAUGGGUGGAAGAAGACGAUUCUGCAGCUGGAUACCAUAAAGACAAUCCUCGUCUCAAUAUAUACGCUCUUGCUUGUGCUAUUUUGGCUUCUACCAACUCCGUUCUCUUGGGAUACGAUAUUGGGGUGAUGAGUGGUGCUGUGUUGUUCAUAAAGGAAAAUCUGAGAAUAACAUCAACGCAAGUAGAAAUCCUAGUGGGUUGCCUGAACGUGUGUUCAUUGAUCGGAUCUCUGGCCUCCGGCAAGACCUCAGACACUAUAGGGAGGCGUUACACCAUAAUCCUAGCAGCAUCAACAUUUCUGAUAGGUUCACUCUUGAUGGGGAUGGCACCUUCAUUCACAUUCCUCAUGGCAGGACGUGUAGUUGCAGGCAUUGGAGUUGGAUACUCCCUCAUGAUCGCCCCAGUGUACGUAGCCGAGCUCUCGCCUUCUUUGUCUCGAGGUUUCCUCACAUCCCUCCCAGAAGUCUUCGUCAGUAUUGGGAUCCUUCUGGGUUACAUCUCCAACUAUGCCCUAUCAGGUCUCUCUCAUGACAUCAGCUGGAGACUGAUGCUUGGUCUAGCAGCCUUGCCUGCAAUUGCAGUGGCAUUUGGUGUGCUUGCAAUGCCGGAGUCACCUCGCUGGCUGGUCCUGAAGGGAAGAUUUCGGGAAGCCAAGGAUGUUCUGUUAAGAACGUCAGAGACAAAAGAAGAAGCUGAAAUGAGACUUGCAGAGAUAUCGGAAGCUGCAAAAGCAAAUUGUUCGGGGACAGAGCAUGGACUAGAGGCUCGGAAAGCCAUGUUUGUGAGACCUUCUCGAGCUGUAUUCCGAGUUUUUGUUGCUGCAAUUGGGGUCAACUUCUUCAUGCAGGCUUCUGGGAAUGAUGCUGUGGUUUAUUAUACUCCACAAGUGUUCAAGGAGGCUGGGAUUCACUCUGAGAAGCAGCUUGUUGGUGUUACAAUUAUCAUGGGAAUCGCCAAGACUUGCUUUGCUUUGUUGUCUGCCCUGUUCUUGGACCGGGUCGGGAGGAGGCCCAUGUUGCUAUUGGGCUCAUUUGGCAUGGCAGUCUCUCUGUUUGGGCUGGGCCUGGGCUCUAAACUUCUAGAACACUGUGAUAGCAAGCCUGGAUGGGCCAUUGCAUUAUGUGUGGUUGCUCUGUGCUGCGCGGUCUCCUUCUUCUCUAUUGGGCUUGGGCCAAUAACAUGGGUGUACUCAUCAGAGCUAUUCCCAUUGAGGUUAAGGGCCCAAGGCUCGGGCUUGGCUGUUUCAGUGAAUCGGCUGGUGAGCGGGGUGGUGUCCAUGACAUUUCUCAGCAUAUCUGAGGAAAUAACAUUCGGGGGCAUGUUUUUGGCUCUUGGUGGGAUAACGGUACUUGCUACGAUUUUCUUCUAUUUCUUUCUGCCAGAGACCAAAGGUAAGAGCUUAGAGGAAAUUGAAGCUCUGUUUAAAGAUGACGAGGCUCGAUGAGAAUUACUUCGCGUCUGUGCCUUGAAAUAAAACUCAGCCUCUACAGCCCUGCACACACACCAAAGUGGAGAUAGCCACAGAAAAAAAGAUACAAAAGUGGUGUUCAAUGUGGAUAAGUAAAGAGGGAAAAAAUAAUGGCAGUUUCUAUUAUUACAUUCAAUAUAUAUAAUCAAGUUGUAAGCGUGAUGAUUGCUCGUGGUGGUAUUCUUUGGACAACUCUUGUAAUUCUUCAAGUGUACGGAUAACGUACAGAUUUUCCCUUUCA